AUGUCAACUCAAUACGACACCAUCCAAGCGCCCUACGACGAGAUCCGCAAAAGUUCCAAUGCCCUUAUCGAGCGCGCUAACGUACAAGAAGCCGUCGCACCAUUCAUCAAAAAUGCACGUGUCCUCGAUCUCGCGUGCGGGUCCGGCUUCUACUCGUAUCACUUCUUAAAAUGGGGAGCCAGAAAAGUUGUCGGCGUAGAUAUUUCCCCAGUGAUGAUCGAGGAGGCACGCACUGCCAGCUUUCAAAUUCCCUCGAAUGGCGGAACGAUCGAUUUCAAGGUAGCCGAUUGCUCCAAACCAGUGCCAUAUGAAGGCGAUCCUUUUGACGUCGUUUUCGGCGCCUGGUUGCUGAACUACGCUCCCAGCGGUAAGGAUAUGGUGGACAUGUGUCGCAACGUUGCACUCAAUCUCAAAGACGGCGGACACUUCGUCGCCGUGACGGUGCCGCCAACGCAAGACCCUGCAGCGUUCGUCGAGGCUGAGGGCAAGGUUAGACCGAGUGAAUCCGGUGGGUCAGGUGGCUUGUUCUGUAGUGUUACAGGAGUGGUGGGGGAUGGAAUCACCAUCCACGUGCACGCGGACACGAGACAGGGAGAUGUGGAUUUCGAUUGUUAUCAUUUGAGGAAGGGGGUUUAUGAGGCUUCCGCGAGAGAAGGGGGGCUUCGCGGUGAGUUGGCGUGGAGAGUGACUGCCGUACCUGAUGAAUUCUUCAAGGAUCACAAAGGUGGUGCUAGUGUCGAAGAGCUUGAUAGUUACAAGGUGACCCCACAUUUUGGAAUCUUAGUGGUGGUAAAGUAG